CACUGUCAGCGCUGGGUCAAUUUAAAAGAAAAAAUUAUUAAAAGACGAUAUUAUUACAAAUAUUAUCUCCUUGUAAUAAAGUUAUUUCUACAAUGCCUGCUGCAGCGAUGUAUUCUUUACUUAUAAAAAAAGAAAAUGCCCACGAAGAUCCAAUAUACUGCUGUGCAUGGACUCAAACAAAUAUUUCUGCUGACCCAAAGGAACAGAAGAAAGAUUUUAUAGUUACUGGAGGUCUAGAUGGCUUAGUAAAAGUAUGGCGUGUAGAUAACUACAAGUUGGAAUUGUAUCACACAUUACAAGGGCACUCAAUGGCUGUAGUUUCAGUUGCUGUCAGUUCUGAUGGACACACGAUAGCCUCAGCUUCAUUAGACUCAACUAUGAUAAUAUGGGAUUUAACAUCUGGUAACAAAGUCCAUGAAAUACAAAGUGAAGCUACAGAUGUAUGGAAGAUUGAGUUUUCUCCGAACAACACACAUGUUGCCUCGGGAAGUCAUACAGGGAAAGUUGUCAUAUAUGAUAUUGUGAAGGGGAUGGUCCAUAAGGUUUUAGAUACGAGAGGCAAGUUUACUGUUUGUGUGGCAUGGAGUGCAGAUGACAGAUUUAUAAGUAGUGGUUCUGUGGACGGCACAGUCUGCAUAUUUGACGUACAACAAGGCAAGUUAAUACACACAAUAGAAGCUCACACUAAAAUUGUCCGAAGUGUACAAUUUUCAAUGAAUCUUCUUGUAACAGCUUCGGAUGAUGGAUUUGUUAAUAUUUACGAGUCUGGCAGUGGGAACCUUAUUAAAAACGUGAAUCUGAAGUGCGGUGUACUCAGCGCCUGUUUCUCUGUAGACGGUAACCGCGUGUGUGCGGCGCGCGUUGACGGCGCCGUCUGCCUCAUAAUGCUGGCCGAUUACAGCAUAGGAAAACUGUUCCACGAACAUUCCAGUAUGGUUUGGGAUGUCAAAUUUAACCCAAAAAGUGACCAUGUAGUGUCAGUUUCCAAGGACAAAUGCAUCAAUGUUUAUGAAUGCCCAAUACCGCAGAGAGAUAUCAAAAAGUGAAGUGUAUUUAAAUAUUGCAAUAAACACUAUAUAUAAUA